AUGGCCACACCUGUUCCACCAAUUGAUGACUGUCAUGCAAACGCCGACGAUCACCAUCUUGAAAUUUUCUGCCUUAUAUGGCUCGAUGCCAACAUAAGUGUUGAAGAAAAUCGAGAUACAGAACAAAGGUUACGUUCUAUUAUUAAUAAUCUCAUCAAGUUUCAAGACGUAAAUCAGUGUCAAAAAUAUAUUGAAGAACGAUCACAUAAAGAUCGACUAAUAAUGAUUGUUAGUGGUCAAGCGGGACGAGAAAUAGUUCCUUCUAUUCAUAAACUUCAACAAGUUGUAUCAAUCUAUGUAUACUGCAUGGAUAAGAACAAGCACGAACAAUGGGCUCGUACAUUUGCAAAAGUAAAAGCUGUUGUUGUUAAACUUGAUGAACUCAUUUUUCGAAUUGGAGCUGAUCAUAGAAUUCAGAAAAUAGUAGAAGAACCUUUGUCAAUUAAUAUUUUUACUACAAGUACUGGUGCAGGCACAUCAACAAUGGGUGUUAAUGGUCAAUUUGUUUAUUCUCAACUCCUGAUUGAGUGUCUUCUCCGAUUAAAAUAUAUCGAAGCAGAUAAACAAGAACUUAUUCAUCUUUGUAAACAGAAAUAUGAAAGUAACAUUACUGAAUUGAACAAUCUUCAUGAUUUUGAAAAGAAUUAUUCACCAAACAAAGCUCUAUGGUGGUACACAAGAGAGUCAUUCUUUUACAAGACUCUUAAUACGGCUCUGCGCACGCAAGAUAUUCAUUUAAUUUUUUUAUUUCGUGUAUUUAUCUUCGAUCUUUAUAAUCAAUUGAAAAAGUAUCAAACUGGAAAUACGCUACGAGUUUAUCGAAGCCAGAUGAUGUCAAGUGAU